ACAAGAUUUAAAUACCAAUAACUGCGGCAAAUAUUGAAGAGGGGGAGAUAAGUAUUCUUUUAGGGUUCUCCUAAACCACUAUCGUCGGCUCCUGUGUUUCAUUUCCUCUGCUUUAUCUGGUUUUGUCUUCUUCGUCCGUCUCUGCCACCUCGAUCCUAAGCGUGAAAUGUGAAAUCGCUAGAGAGCCUACACGAGAUGAUGAUGUCUGAGAAGAAGAAGAAGAAGCCUCGUUCCAUCAUGCCGAAUCGUCGUUCCACCAUCUCCGGCUGGACGAACAAGAUCCACUUGGCAGAAGAUAACACCUCCUCCUCCUCCUCCGGUAGUAAAGCCUUGGUUAAAGUCAAGUUAGAGAAGGAGGACAAGCACGUUUCUUCAGAUACCAACUCCUCUGGGAAAGCCCUUCUCAAAGUCAAGUUAGAGAAGAAAGAAGAAGAAGAAGCUAGCCUCCACGUAACCAGAAGCUUCCUCAAAAGAAAACAACUCUCCCAAUCAGUAGAUAACAACUCUCUCGUUACAGUUAAGAGUGAACACAACGCUUUAGAUAAACAGAGAACAACUCUUCGUUGGAAUACCGAAAGGUUUGAUUCUGCGGAGCAAGCAAUGGAGGAUGUAUUGAAGGAGGUAGGUGCGUCUUUCGAGAAUCCUAUCUCACGAGGCGAGUUAAGAGCCAUUGCACGGAAGAGAAUCGGUGAUACUGGUCUGUUGGAUCAUUUGUUGAAGCAUACUGAUGGGAAUGUGACUCCUGGUGGUGCUGAGAGGUUUAGGAGGUGUUACAAUACCGAAGGGAUCAUGCAGUACUGGCUGGAGAGCGCUGAUUUGAUCAAGAUUAAAAGGGAGUCUGGGGUUGCUGAUCCUACCUGGGUUCCACCUUCGUGGUGGAACUCGAACAGGUUAAUCAAACUUGAGCCUGGGGAUGGUGAAGCGUCCUUUAAUCUUAAGGAAUCGAUUGAGAAAAUGAAGAGUGAUAUUAGAGAGCUUGUAGCUGAUGUGGUUCAUGUUAAGCGUGAGUCUGGAGUUCCUGAUCCUGACUUGAUUCCCUUAGCUCAGUGGAAGAUUAAGAGUUCAGCACAUGAAUCAUCUACUGUCUCCUCAAAGCUUAGGGAUGAAAUAGAUAAGAUGAAGAGUGAUAUCAAGAAGCUUGUAUCCAAGCCAAAGUUACCAGAUCAUUCUGAUGCAAACGAGAAACAAUUCAAGGAAUGCAUGAGGUGGAAGGUAGAGACUGAUAAGAAAAUGGCAGAGAUCGCAACUUCAUUGACUUCAACACAGUGCAUGGUUAAGGAGCUAGCUUCAUGGAAAGAUAAAGUAGAACAUCAGCUGGUGGGGAUUUCGAACUCUCAGAACAAUCUGCAGGUAAAUGGGAGCAGAUCUCCUCAUAAUUGGGAACAUCUAUUGCAUAGCGCCACCUUGGAUGAUUUUACAGUGAAUGGUUUCGAGCCAUGGGAUGUUGAAGCUGACCUUACUGAUGUUCUACCUGAGGCUGAUGACUACUCGCUUCCACCAAAUGCUCGCAAAAGCUCAUUCCAAGAUCAUAUGUGGUUUGAGGAACAGUCAGUGCUCAACUCCGAAAUGCAAAGGACGGAGAGCUGCAUGACCAGAGGUGAUUCCAGAAGCUGUAAUCAGGACAAAGCGGAGUUGACUCCAGGUUCUUCAGUGACUGCAGGUCCAAGAUCAGAUAUUGACGAUCCAAGUCUUCUUUCUCAGGAAACAUUGAAAGAGUUGGUGAGUUGGAAAGCCAAAGCGGAGCAGCAGAUAAUGGAAAUGUCAGAGGCGGUCCGUGCGCUUCAGGAAUAGAGGUCAAAACACAGUAGACGCACAUGAAUGAUAGAUUCUCAACUACAUAGAAUCCCUUUUGGAGACUUGUACAGGGUUUCUGCUACAACUGAACAAAGAAAGAGAGUAAAAAGUAUCAGUAGAGGCAUCUGGAAAGUUUAGGAACAAGGUAGAAGUUGAUCCUCUACAUCUGAAGUAGUGACAUUGAAGUUAGAGAGAGAGAGACUCAUUAGUACUUUAAUUUAGUAGUUGUUUUGUUUCUGUAUAUUCUCUAGCGGCUCUUAUUCAACAAGGAUGUUAGAGACUCAUUAGUACUUUAAUUAAGUUUGCAUUAGUAUUUGCUAAUGAAUCAAAGUAGAUACUAUCCCUUA